GACGUGACGCAGCCCGCUGGCGGCGGGGCCCGGCGGCGGCGGCGGCGACCUUGGCGGCGGGAUCCCCGCGCCCCGCCGGGAUGAGCUGGGCCUGGCAGGCGCUGCGCGCCCUGCGCCUGCGCCUCCUCGGGCCCGCCAAGGAGCUGGUGGGCACCGACCAGUUCGGCAACAAGUACUACCGGGUGCCCAAGCACGAGACCCGCGCAGGGCAGAUUAUACAAGAAAGGAGAUUUGUAGAAGCAAUAAAUCGUCAAGCAUAUCAGUAUGAAAUGGGUGACUUUCCAAUAGAAUGGGAAGCAUGGAUAAGAAAAAAAAGAAAUGAUCCACCCACCAUUGAGGAGAUUCUUAAGAAUGAGAAUUAUAGAGAAGAAAUGAAACAGAAAAUCCAAGAUGUAUCCGAAAAGGAUAAGCUGCUUCAGGCCAAGGAAUACAAGGAGGGACUUGUUGCUGAACCAGCUCACACACAGGUUAAAGGCCACGCAUCUGCCCCUUACUAUGGAAAGAAAGAGCCUUCGCAAGAUCCAACCAGCACUGCAAAUACCUUUCAGCCAGGCUCCUGGAUGCCACCGGGCAGUGGUAGUAGUCAUAAUAAAUAAACAAUUGCAAUGUGCAGAUAUUGCUAAUGGAUAAAUAUUUUAACAGACAGCAUAAACAGCUGUUAUAUAUGAGUGAGUGUGCAAUAAAGUAAUAUUAAAGCA